CGGGGAGGGUCGGCAGGGGUGCAGCCCCCAGGCCAUCCCUGGGCUGGGAUGGGUUGGAUGCCGGGCUCUCCCGGGCCCAACGCGGUGAAGAAGAGGAGGAGGCCGGAGCGUGGCCUGAGUCGCCAGAUCCCAGACCUACAUGACCCCGUGGAUUCUGAUAAAAGUACAGAUUUUGUGGAGAGAUUAGCCCACAAAUAUCAGCGAAAAUGCAAAGUUGAGUCAAGUACUGAGUCGGAGUCUGAGACCAAUUCAGAGGGCCUCACAAGUCCUGUCACCCAAGGCUCAAAGAAAGCAAGCAACAUGAAAUUUCAACUUUCUUCCCCCCAGGGCGAUCACAAAAAGAAUCACAUGGAAUUUGCAGAAGGUAUCAGAAGAGAGUUUUUAGAUCCUUAUGACGGUGAUUCAGAAGACACACCCAAUCAUUCAGACUACAGUCUGAAUGAUUGUAUCCUCGGAGAUAUCACCUGCGGUAGAAUUUCUCCAUCCCUGAUCUCUGAUGACCCCAGUGAAGUGGAGUCAGGGGGUUCCAUCUGUUCAAAGAAUCUAGAACUCCCUGCAAAACCAACCACCUGGGACUUUCCAGCCUCAGAAACAAACGACGUGUACAUGGAGCCGAUGAGCGACGUGAAAAUACCGAUGGAGACGACCAGCCAAGAGACGACGGAGAGCUCCGGAAGACUCCUUGAGGCCUCUGAAUUGUCUGUGGAUUGGGAACUCGUGCCUGAGACGUUAGGACAGAAGUCUGACCGUUGCUUACUCAGAAGUGCUGAUCCUCCAAAAUCUGCAAGACCUACCGAAAACACACCAAGGGCACCUCUGCAGUCAUCCAGACCCUGCAUGUGGGAGAAAGACAGCAGGGUCUACAAACAACCCCUGUUCAAGAGAAAAAUGGAAUUCUUCCUUCCAGAGUGUGAAAGAAUGAAAAGAAAGAAAUAGCAUAUGGUUUGGGCAGAGGAGCAACUGUCUCAUCAGGUUCCAUGGUUUCAGGGCAUGUGCAGCCCAGGACAGAUUUCAGCAAUGAAUGGCUGUACAAGAAGUGCCAAUAAACAUGAAGGGGACCCGUGAUUCCUCUGCCAUCCGACAGGAAGGCCUGAUGUGACUCCUCCUUGGUAUGUGAUAGCAGUACAAUACUGUGAUAGCAAUACAAUCCUGGUAUCAGUUGGACUUUAAUAAAGCGAAGCCCUUCUA